AUGCAGUGCUACGCAGAGCUAUUACCUCCAACGGGGGUCACCCAUGCUUUGGCAAUUCCUUUCACCUCAGCAACCGCCAGCAAUCUGAUUGUUAUCAGAACCUCUCUAUUGCAGAUUUUCUCCCUCGUUAAGAUCGUCUCUUCUCAACUGCAGAAGGAAGGCUCAGAGCCUCAUGGUUCCCAAUUUUCACAACCAGAAACCAAAUUAGUACUGGAAAAAGAAUACCCGCUAUCCGGAACUGUGACCGAUUUAAGCCGAGUCAAAAUCUUGAACAACAAGAGUGGCGGAGAAGCCAUAUUGAUUGCAGUCCGCAAUGCCAAGCUCAGCUUGAUUGAGUGGGACCCUGAGCGUCAUGGUAUCUCAACAAUUUCCAUACACUACUACGAGCGGGAUGAUCUGACCCGCAGCCCCUGGGUGCCUGAUCUGAGCCGGUGUGGGAGCAUUCUGAGCGUUGAUCCAAGCAGUAGAUGCGCGGUGUACAACUUUGGCAUUCGGAACCUUGCGAUUUUACCCUUUCAUCAGGCGGGUGAUGACUUGGUGAUGGAUGACUACGAUUCGGAGCUUGAGGGAGAACGCCCAAUUCAGAACUCUGGUGGAGGAGCAGAGCCCAAGAAGAGCAAAGAGGGACCAGCGUACCAAACACCCUACUGCUCGUCUUUCGUACUGCCAUUGACCGCCUUGGAUCCUUCAUUGCUACACCCAAUCAGUCUUGCAUUCCUAUACGAGUAUAGGGAGCCGACGUUUGGAAUUUUAUUUUCCCAAGUCGCAACUUCUACUGCCCUUCUUUACGAAAGGAAGGACGUGGUAUUCUACGCUGUGUUUACACUUGAUCUUGAGCAGCGAGCUUCUACCACCCUUCUUUCAGUAUCUCGUCUUCCUAGUGAUUUGUUCAAAGUCGUGGCACUCCCACUCCCAGUAGGAGGUGCCUUGCUUCUUGGCUCAAAUGAGAUUGUUCACGUGGACCAAGCCGGCAAAACUAAUGCGGUGGGAGUCAAUGAGUUUUCAAGGCAGGUUUCUUCUUUUUCUAUGACCGACCAAUCGGACUUGGCGUUCCGCCUUGAAGGCUGCGUGGUUGAACGACUUGGUGGUGAUAGUGGAGACCUACUGUUAGCACUUGCAUCCGGCGACAUGGCACUGAUCAAAUUUAAACUUGACGGUCGAUCUGUCUCGGGUAUCACUAUUCACCUUCUUCCGGCACACGCAGGUGGUGAUAUGUUGAAGUCGGCUGCCUCAUGCUCCAGUUGUCUCGGAGAUGGAAACGUUUUCAUUGGCAGCGAAGAUGCUGAUUCGGUGCUCCUAGAAUGGUCGCGUUCAUCCGCCUCUACUAAAAAAGCUCGGCUCGAGUCGAAGCAAACAGCCGACGGUUUUGAUGAUCUGGAGGAUGAUGAUGACCAGAUGGAGGAUGAUGACCUUUAUUCCUCGGCGCCUGGAUCGACACAAGUCGAUAACCGCAUGGGAACCGAGAACUUAACCACUGAAUUUUAUAACUUUCGACUGAAAGAUUGCCUUCCUAGCAUUGGCCCGCUGAGGGACAUCACUUUGGGCAAAGUUUUCUCGAAUACGUAUCGCGAAAAACAAGCUACAUGUGAGGCAGUUUCCGCAGAACUAGAGCUGGUGGCAUCUCAGGGCUCAGACAGAGGCGGUGGCUUGGUUGUUAUCAAGCGCGAAAUUGAUCCUUUGACAACCAUGUCUCUGAAAAUCGAUGAUGCAGAUGGUGUUUGGUCAGCCAGCGUCAAAAAAAGGAGAGGCGCCUCCAGCACAGACAACCCAUCCCGUCAAUAUGUGGUUGUCUCUCGGUCUACGGAUUCGGAGCAGGAGCUAAACGAGGUUUUUGUUGCGGAAGAACAAAACUUGAAGCCUUUUAGGGCACCGGAGUUCAACCCAAACGAAGAUUGCACAGUUGACAUUGGAUCUUUCGCAGGUGAUACUCGUCUAGUUCAGGUUCUGCGGAAUGAAGUCAGAAGCUAUGACAUGGAGCUGGGUUUGUCACAGAUAUACCCCGUUUGGGAUGAAGACACCAGUGAUGAGCGCGUGGCUGUAAGCGCAAGCUUCAUUGAUCCUUAUCUUAUGAUUAUUCGGGAUGAUUCAUCAGUCUUGCUUUUGCAGGCGGAUGAAAAUGGUGACCUCGAUGAAGUUCCGCUUUCAACCCUGAUAAUCUCGUCACGAUGGCGCUCCGGAUGCCUCUAUUACGAUAAUUCACAGUCAUUCAGCGUUGCAGGCUCCUUGUCGAAGAACUCUUCCGAAGGCGAGGUGCUUCUUUUCCUAUUGAAUCCGGAUUAUAAGCUAUCAAUCUUCCGGCUGUCUGACAUGAUGUUGAUCGCCAUCAUUGAAGGCGUCGACUGCUUACCUCCUGUAUUGUCGACCGAGCCGCCCAAGCGAUCUAACACUCGGGAAACCCUAACAGAAUUGAUUGUUGCCAAUCUUGGUGACAGUUCUAGUCUUUCACCUUAUCUGAUUAGCUGUAUCCGGGCUUGUCAACUACCUUCCCAAACUCAAUUUGACUAUUCGUGGACAUUGCGAAAAGUUCCAAUUGAAGAGCAAGUCAAUUUCUUGGCCUACUCGACGUCUUCUGAGACUUAUGUUCUCGGCACAAGCCGCCAAGGAGACUUCAAGUUGCCGGAGGGUGAUGAACUGCACCCUGAGUGGCGAAAUGAAGAGCUGUCAUUCUGCCCGAAAAUCCCCGAAAGCAGCAUCAAGGUCGUCAGUCCCAAGACAUGGACCAUCAUUGACAGUUACCCUCUGGACCCCGAUGAGCAAGUGACAGCGGUGAAAAACGUGAACAUUGAGGUUUCAGAGAAUACACACGAGCGGAUGGAUUUAAUCGUCGUCGGAACCGCGAUUGCCAAGGGGGAAGACAUGCCAGCUCGUGGUACGAUCUAUGUCUUUGAUGUGAUCAAAGUUGCACCUGACCCCGAAAGGCCAGAGACAGGCCGCAAGCUCAAGCUGAUUGGCAAGGAGACAGUGAAGGGUGCAGUGACCGCGCUGUCUGGUAUCGGUGGUCAAGGGUUCAUAAUCGUGGCUCAGGGGCAGAAGUGCAUGGUCCGUGGUCUCAAGGAAGACGGGAGCCUCCUUCCUGUUGCAUUUAUGGACAUGCAAUGUUAUGUUAAUGUCGUGAAAGAGCUCAAGGGCACCGGCAUGGUUAUCCUGGGAGAUGCCGUGAAAGGACUUUGGUUCGCUGGCUACUCAGAGGAGCCAUAUAGAAUGACACUCUUUGGCAAAGACCCUGAAUACUUGGAGGUGGUGGCAGCUGACUUCCUCCCGGAUGGGAACAAGUUGUACAUGCUAGUGGCUGACAGCGACUGCAACCUGCACGUCCUGCAAUACGACCCUGAAGAUCCCAAAUCCUCCAACGGCGAUCGACUCCUCAGCCGAAGCAAAUUCUACACCGGCAACUUCGCAUCAUCGGUAACACUUCUGCCUCGCACAGCAGUUUCAUCGGAGCUGACCGAAUCAUCCGAAGAAGCAAUGGACGUGGAUGAGACCUUCGCCAAAUACCAAGUUCUCAUCGCUUCGCAAAACGGGUCUUUGGCGCUGGUGACGUCGGUUGCCGAGGAGUCAUACCGUCGACUAUCAGGACUACAGUCUCAGCUGAUCAACACCGUCGACCACCCUGCCGGUCUGAACGCGCGUGCUUUUCGGGCCACAGAAAGCGAUGGCGCUGCGGGCCGGGGUAUGGUUGAUGGCAAUCUAUUGCGUCUAUGGCUGAAUAUGGGCAAGCAGCGGCAGGCUGAGAUUGCGGGCCGGGUUGGCGCGACAGAGUGGGAGAUCAAGGCUGAUCUGGAGACCAUUGGCGGUGAUGGACUGGGAUAUCUAUGA